AUGGUUAAAAUAUACGCGAAAACCGUGGUCGAUACUCAGACUAUAAAGAAGAUGGAAAGUCAUUUGACUUUUCAAGAACAAACUUCACAGCACUGUGUUGAAUUGUACAAAGCUGCGGUUAAAAAAGCUGAAGCCUUUGUUAUUGCUGCUGAAUCCACUACUGAUUUUAACCCAAGCCAAAGCAAUGAUACAAGAAUAGUAAACCAACUAAUUUUUGCUGAUUUAUAUGUACAGAUGUCUCUGUUUCUCUGUCAAAACGCUAUUGCACAAGUCCCUAUCCAGAAAAUAAUGAUGACGAUUAAUGAUAGUUUAUUUGACAACUUCCAUUAUGAAACAAUAAUCAUCGAAGAGAAAGAAGUUACAACAGUGUGGGAACAAUGGGAUGCUUUUAUUCACUCUUCUGCCCAAGGAAAUGAAGAUUUUAGUAUAUAUUGUCCAGAAAGGAAUGGUGUUAUUGAGUGUGAAAACGGCGUUCAUCGGCGCAAACAACUUCCUGAGGAUCUUUACAAUACAGUUGACCCCCUUUAA